AUGUCAACAACAGAGAACACAACAACUGCUAUCGUUCAUGAAGCUAUAAAUGAAGAAUACGAGUGGGUUCAGUUUAACAAACAACUCCGUCUCAUUCGUUCGGUCAAAGAUGACAUGUACCAAAUGCAAAGUAUUUUGACAGCAUGUUUUGCUCCAGAUACUAAGCUUCCUAAAGACUGGUUUAGGAACCAAAGCACACAAGAACUUUUGAGCGAAGCACAGCGAGACAUACUUUUUUCUGAAAACAGUGAAGAACAGCGAGUAGGUAAGAAAACCCAGUCGCCUAAAACUCAUGAAAAUCGUGAAAAAUUGCCAAAUGGUUUGAGAGGAUAUUAUGUACAUAGACUUCUUGUAAAUGCUGUUGCAAUGUGGGCUUCGCCUCGUUAUUCAUGGUAUGUUUGUAAACUUCUUGACGAAAUUCAUAGACAAGAACGUGAAGAGAUGGAAAAGAAACUUCAAGCAAAAGAUGAAGUCAUUGAAGCAAAAGACAAAACCAUACAGAAAAGAAUACCACGUUCGGUACCAAAAGGAAAGGAAAAGAACUAUAAGUAUAUGAUUUAUACUGAAGAGAUGGAAAAUGAAGAAGACAGAGAUAUGGUUAUGUUGCAUUUAGUCAGAAGAAACAACAAAAGCUUUUACGACCUUGCUAAGAUUUACAAAUCUGACAGAAAUUGGUUCUAUCGCGAAAACUUACCGAUUUCAAUGACCCCGAAUGAAGAUGUGAAACAAAUAGUUCAAGAUACGUUACCUCAAACACACUAUGAUAUGAAAGGUUGUACAAUACUUACAUUCAAAGAAGAUUUGCCGCUACUGAAAGAAAAGAUAACAGAGUAUUUUGACAACUUCAAACAAGCAGAGUAA